AUGCUGAGGCUGACGGUGCCGCGGCUCGCGAGGGAGAUGACGUACGUGGAGGUGUGGGAGCACUUUAAGCGAUUUGGUGAUGCGCGGGGGCCCGACAGCGUCACCUGCCGCCUGCUCUGCACCGACGACGUGGCGGCGCAGCUCAACACGCGUGUGAAGAUGCGGUACCUGCUAGAGCAGUUCCUCGUCAAGAGCACGCCCGCAGGUGGGGCGGGUGGCGAGCAGCAGCGCUGGUGGGCAGGAGACUUCUCGCGUAGUGUUGACGGCGACCGNCGACGACGUGGCGGCGCAGCUCAACACGCGUGUGAAGAUGCGGUACCUGCUAGAGCAGUUCCUCGUCAAGAGCACGCCCGCAGGUGGAGCGGGUGGCGAGCAGCAGCGCUGGUGGGCAGGAGACUUCUCGCGUAG